AUGGCUCUUCCCGAAAAUGCUCCGGCCGCGGUCACGAACGGCCAGCCGCCCGACCUCCAUGCGCAGGUGGAUGUGAUCUGUGGCCCUCUCAUCAAUUUUAAGAACAUGGAUGUGAACCCAUCUUCCUCCAUCUGGCGUGGAAGCGUCUUGAUUGUUAUCCAGCCAGGACAAAGUCAGCCACGGCUCCUCCUGCGCCAGGCUGGUCCUGUCGGAGGCAAUGGAGCCGGUAAUGGAGCCCACUCCAACGACGCUGCUGUCGCCGUUGACGGUGUUCGUCUAUACGAGGAUCCCCAGAAAGCCUUCUGGCGCUUCUCCCUUGCCCUCCCCCUCGAGAGUUAUGAAGCGCGCUGGGAAUACUUCAUUCCUGGAUUUCGAUAUGCAGAGGGCAACGAGGUUUACUCGCCGUGGGACUUCACCGUCUCUUCCGUAAAUCAGUCCAUGCGCCUCAUGUUCCACUCCUGCAACGGCUUUUCAGUCGGCACCGACAUGAAUGCAUGGGUUGGACCUAAUCUGUGGAAUGAUGUCUUGCGAGUACAUGCCCAGAAACCCUUCCAUGCCAUGAUCGGUGGCGGUGAUCAACUCUACAACGACGGCAUCCGGGUAGAUGGACCGCUGAAGGAGUGGACUUCCAUCUCUAAUCCUCACACAAGGCGCGCGCACGACUUUGACAAUGACCUGCGCGCCCGAUGCGAUGAAUACUACUACGCAAAUUAUAUUCGAUGGUACUCUACCGAGCCAUUCAAGGCAGCAAACGGACGGAUUCCCCAGAUCAAUAUAUGGGACGAUCAUGAUAUCAUCGAUGGUUUUGGUUCCUACACCGACCACUUCAUGCGUUGCUCCGUUUUCCGGGGCAUUGGCGGCGUUGCUUUCAAGUAUUACUGCCUCUUCCAGCAUCAUAUUGCGCCGCCAAAGUCGACCUUCACCACAGAUGCUCCACAGACCAUGCACGCCGUCAACGGGACUGCAGGCGCAGAUCCACGGCAGCUGGAAAACACAUUCGUCCUGGACGAGCAACAGGAAGAUGAUAGCUGGAUCGUCGGGAAGCGACCUGGGCCCUAUGUGGAAGAGAAGAGCAGGAACCUGUACAUGCGCCUCGGCAAGCGGAUGGCCUUCAUUGGCGUUGAUGCUCGUACCGAGCGUACCCGUCACCAGGUGAACUACCCAGACACAUACGAUCUUAUCUUUUCUCGGCUGGAAAGCGAAGUGGCGGCGGCUAACGGGGAUAUCAAACACCUUAUUGUGCUCCUGGGCGUCCCAAUCGCUUAUCCCCGCCUUGCGUGGCUCGAGAACAUCCUCAGCUCUCCCAUCAUUGCCCCCAUCCGCCUGCUGAACAAACGGUUUGGUUUUGCCGGUGGUUUGUUCAACCAGUUUGACGGCCAGGUGGAUCUGUUGGAUGACCUGGAUGACCACUACACAGCUCGUCAGCAUAAGAAGGAACGACGGAUCUUUAUCCAGCGUCUCCAAGACUUUUCUAAGAUUCAUUCGGUGCGUGUGACGAUCCUGGGUGGAGACGUACACUUGGCAGCCAUCGGACGGUUCUAUUCGAAUCCCAGCCUUCGCAUUCCCAGCGAGCACGACCCGCGGUACAUGGUCAAUGUCAUUAGCAGUGCGAUCACCAACAAACCGCCGCCGAAGGCCGUCGCAAACCUCCUCGCGCGGCGAAAUAAGCUCCACCAUAUGGACUCAUCUACCGAUGAGACGCUGAUGGACUUCUUUGACCGCCAGCCGGGUGGGCAGGAGAAGAGUGCUUCCUGGAACAAGGUAACAAUGCCAUCGCGAAACUAUGCCUGUAUCACCGAGAUUGACACGCCCGUGUCCAACGGUAACGCCUCAGCGACUCAGGGUGAUAUUGCCGCGUUCCCCAUCCCCAUGGACGGACACUCCCCACUCCACAAAGGCGAAGCGAACGCCGGCUCCAGUCACCCUGCCGCCGAUGGAUUCAGCAGCAGCAGUGACAUGCCAGGAGGGCUGGACGUAACCAUACGAGUGGAAAUCAACCCACAAGAUCGAGAGGCGGCGACUGACGGCUAUGCGUUCAGCAUUCCUGCAUUGGCGUAUGUGCCAUCAGAAGCCGAUUCUCGCCCUAAUUCACGCUCCCGCUCCCUACGACCUCGGUCCCUUCGGCCUCCAUCUCGCCAGUCGGCGCGUCCUCACAGUGCAGCCCUGUAG